AUGGUCGCGCAAUCGCUGGCCUCGCUGCUGCAGCGGGCGUCCAUUGACGACCACGAGGAAGUCAUUCAAUCGUGCGAUGCGGUUCUCGCCAAAUCCAAAUCGGACUUGAAAGCGCAGCAUAUGAAAGUUGUUGCUCUAUUGAAGCUCGACCGUUACGAAGAGGCUCUGAAGAUAUUCGAGGCCGGAGGCGAUGACCUAAAGAACAGCGCAGGCUUAGAAUAUGCCUAUGCGUCAUACAAAUGUGGCGAGCUUGAAGAAGCCACAGAAGCCCUGACUCGCACGGCCUCCGGGCGUGGUGCUAGCCACCUCGAAGCUCAAGUGCGGUACCGUGCCGAGAAUUUCCGACGGGCGGCCGAGCUUUACGAAGAGCUGUCGAAAGAUACAUCUUACAGUCAAGAGGUCAAUGACCUUAAUAUCAACUCGUGGGCUACCGAUGCUCAGCUUCAAUGGAAAGGGGAACCAGAAUUCGUCCGCCACGACCGAUUGUCAAGAGAGGACUUGGAAUCAUUUGAAACCACAUACAAUGGAGCUUGCUUGAACAUUGCGAAGGGUGCAUUCAAGCAGGGCGAGAUAUUGCUCAACAGAGCUCAGAGUCAGCACCCCGCUGUGUUGCCCGAGACUCAUAUCUGCCGGACAUCGGAGGACCUCUCACCUGAAGAAAAGACCGCAGAGCUGCUGCCUAUUGCCGUACAGCAACUAUAUGUCCUGAUUCGACUUGGCAAAUUGGAAGAGGCCGAGGCGGCUUUGAAAGACAUCGCUGUGGAAGAUAUCCCUGAACUAUCGACAAAAAAGAUCGCCCGCAACAACAUCGUUCUCGCUCGCCCGACCGCGGUCAAUCCCUACAUCCUGUACAAAGCCCUUCACGCAACCCCAGAUGCCACCAAUAACGAUAGGUUAUUCGAAUACCAGGACCGCGAUUUGAUUGGCAACUCGCACGCUGCAGACCUCCUAGUUCAGAAAUAUGAUGGUAUCAUUCGGUCCACGGCUAAGGCUCUGUCAAAACGCCCAAGCCCGUCCACCGACACCAUCACCAACCUGCUCUCAGUUUCCAACGCGGCAGCUCAUGCCAGGAACGAAACCGGUCCCAAAGCACUCAGAAAGAUUACCCCAUUACUGGAACGACGACCCACUGACCUCGGUCUGCUCCUGACAGUGGUGCAGCUCUACAUCAGCAGCGGCAACACCGCCUCCGCCAUCACAGCUAUGGAGCGGAGCCUUCGCAGCCUGGAGGAAUCGAAUGAGUCCAUCCGCUUCAACCCAGGCCUCCUCAGCGUUCUUGUAUCCUUGUAUCAGCUCGAAGGCCGCACGGUGCAGAUUCGCAACACCCUCGCACAAGCUGCCGCCUAUUGGCGCACGCAGCCUGAGCCUCCCGCUUCCCUCCUCCGCGCAGCAGCCGCCUCUCUGCUGCACUCCGAAAAGCGCUCUGAUCUCGCUACUGCUGGCGAGCUGUUCCGCGGCCUGCAACAGCAAGAUGCCAACGACCGCGUCGCCAUCGCUGGAUACGUCGCCUCGCAGGCAACACUCGAUUACGCGCAGAUCGAGUCCCAGCUCGAUAGCCUUCCCGCAGUCAGUGACUUGAUCGCUGACGUUGAUGUCUCGGCUCUGGAAUCCGCAGGCAUCGCUCCAUCCGCGUCCUCGGCUGCUGCGGCCGCAGCCGCUUUCGCAGGUGCUCGCAAACGUACCGCAGCUACUGCUGACGGUGCCCGCAAACGUGUCCGCAAAUCCCGUCUGCCCAAGGACUUCGAUCCUGCCAAGAAGCCGGACCCUGAGCGCUGGCUGCCUGUGCGUGACCGGUCUUCUUACAGGCCCAAGGGCAAGAAGGGCAAGCAACGUGCUGCGGCUCUCACACAGGGUGGUCCUGUGAACGAGAAGGCGGAAGAGUCUGCUCCUCAACAGCAGAAGCCUGCUGGCGGCAGCUCUAAUGCUAAGAAGAAUAAGAAGAAGGGCAAGCGCUAG